AUGGGAACCAAACCAAAAAUAUCUUCUUUUGUGUCAUUAAACAGUUCUGUUUUCACAAAGUCCAAACCCACAGAAACAGAGAGGGGCAUUGCCUUGAGCUGAAGGGGUUUGAGCUCUGCUCCUGAGGCCUGAAGAUGCUGCAGCAGAUAUUGGUUGACAUGUACAUCGAGCCGGAGCUGCUGGCCGAGCUGAAUGAGGAACAGAAACAGAUUCUGUUCUUUAAGAUGAGAGAAGAACAGAUCCGGAGAUGGAGAGAGAUAGAGACGCAGCUGGAGAAGGAGGAAGCUGCACGUGUUAAAGUCAAAAAAGUAAACAUGAAAUCAGAAUUGAUGAUAUUUAUUUUUUUAUACACACAUUUAUGGUCUUGGAUAAAGGGUCUAGAUGAGGACGUGUGGGUUUGGGUGAUGGGAGAACAUCCUGGUGACAAACCCUACGAUCAGAUCUGUGACGAGAUCAUGGCUGAGAGAGCAGCACUGCAGGCCCAGAGAGAGGCCGAGAAGCUCAGGGCUAAGAAAGAGGCUGAGCUGGAGAAGCGCUUUUCUGGACUGUAUCUCGAACCGGAGCAGGUUGUGUUGUCAGAGCAGGAGGUCCAGCAGAAGGAGCAGAGGAGAGCGGAGGAGGAACUCAAGAAACUGGAGUUGGAGGAGAGGCGUAAGGCUGAGGAGGAGCUGAGGAGGCUGGAGCAGGAGAGGAAACAGCAGAUUUACAUCAGCCUGAAGGAGGUGCAGGGCAGUAAACACACUCGUGACGAGCAGGACAAGGAGUGGCAGAAGACAUUGCAGAAGUCAAAAGCUGCAGACACGCGCAGACGAUCUCUAGCCAAGCAGACUAUCGAGGACCACCGCAGGCGCUCAGUUAAAGCUCUGGAAAGAGGACGUGUAGAGGCCAUGACAAAGGCCUUCGGCAGCACCGAUUUAACCACUCCACCCAAACCCAAACCCAGAAACAGCAGCAGUGCUAUCAGUCGGAAGGGUGGUAUGCGGCGCUCACUGUCAACGUCUAGCCGAGACCAUAUUAUUCGCUGGUUCAAGGAGGAACAGUUGCCGCUCAGAGCAGGAUUCCAGCGCGACCAGAGCCGGAUCGCAUCCUGGUUUCACGGUAUAAUAUCUCGUGAACAGGCAGAGGUGCUAUUGAAGGAGGGCGAGCCUGGGGACUUCCUGGUGCGUGUUAGCGAGAGGAUCUUUGGAUAUGUGCUUUCCUACCGAUCCAGUGAGGGAAUCAAGCACCUGCUGAUUGAUGCUUCAGAGAACUGCUACAUGCUCCUGGGAGACCAGAUCAGAUUCAGCUCGCUCACUGAACUGGUGGAAUAUCAUCAGGUAGAGCCGCUGAGCUCAUCUGGAGUGGAGGAGUGUCUGCGGCGCACGUGUGGACAGAAAUCAGCCGCAGCAGAUUAUGCAGAACUCUUCACCUGAACUCCAACCAACAGAAGAGUGGAGGACCUGUGCCUUACUCGGUCUUCAGCACUACAAAUACACUAACACUGAUAAUAACUCCAACCAACAGAAGAGUGGAGGACCUGUGCCUUACUCGGUCUUCAGCACUACAAAUACACUAACACUGAUAACUCCAACCAACAUGCCUGCGAUUCUUUUACAGGCAUGGCCACAUUUCAUAAGCACCCCUGUUUAAAAGUAUUAAAUUUAUCUUAAGUUUAAAUCCAACAUUAAAAAUUAUUUUCCAUCCCAACACACCAGCCUGUUCCUUUGUGUAACAGAAAAGAUGAAACUCAAAAAAGAUGAAGUGGGUUACACUUUAUU